AUGACGCGGGAACUUAAUCUUUCGCAAGCUCAGAAACAGCCGCGAAGCCGAGCUCUACCAGUAACAAAAAUGGCGUCAUCCCGUCGCGCCGGGACUUCUGUCGCCGGCAGGGGCCUCACACUGCUUCCUGAGGCUCCCAUUCCCACCAGAGGAGAUGUGUGUUUGGGUGCCAGGGGAGUCCCCGUGAUAUCUCCGCGGCAGGGUAUUCGGAAUUGGUCCUGUGAAAGCAGUGUGAGGCUUAGAAGUGCCACGACUGUCCUGGGCAGGCGAGUGGGCGUUCCCAGCCACCAGGAGAGGCCCGGCCCGAGCAAAGUCGUGGCGACGCAGCGGGGUGGGAACCGGGGAAAGUGGACCUUUGGUCUUGUAACUGGACUGACUCAAGCUGUGUCUCUUGCAGAUCAGAGUGCUCCCAGUGCCAUGAACAGAGGCUAUUCCUUUGCAAAGCACUCCAGAGGGGAUGCUCAGAAAUCAGAGAAAUGCAAGCAUCCCCAAAGACAACAGAUCUGUGACCUUGCACUACAUUUGGUGACUCUCAGUCCAUUCUAGAAGACCUUCAAGGAUAUUUCCAAAUACUUCUCUAAGGAAGAGUGGGCAAAGCUGGGAUACUCACAGAAGACCACCUAUGUGUAUAUGAAGAAAAACUAUGACACCAUGACUCGUCUAGGUAACAGAAAGCCCUGGGUGAUACCCAAGAAGCCAGCAAAGAAAGGAAAUGAUUCGAAGGAAGUGCCAGGAACACGUGACUUGGAACGGGCUCAGAGACAGCUGUGCCCCACUGGAAAAGCAAGAACCUCUAGGAAGCAGAGUAAGAAAACAGGAUACAAGAAGAAGGGUAAAAAUUCCUGGACCUACCAGCUGCGGGAAAGAAAGAAUCAAAUAGCAUAUGAAGAGAUCAGCAACCCUGAAGAAGAAGAAGAAGAAGACGAAGACUGA